AUGACGAGAACCACCAUGGAAGCAACCGGAACCGGAAAUAGCGGCCCGUUUCAAUUGGAUGACGAUGACCUAGAAUUUUUGGACGGAGAAAUGAAGAUAGACGGAGCGGAGCACAGUUACUCAUUGGUAAAAGAAGAAAAGAGAGACGACGAUGAAAAUGAUGGGGCCUAUUUUGAGAGAGAGAGUGAAGAUUUCAAGAGUUACCAGCUAAAUUUUGACGAUCUUGGACUCGAGCAGGCCGAUUUAUUCAGCCAAUCAGAACUCUCGGCCGCCGUUACUACAGCUGCUACUGCUGCUACUGCCGCUGCCACAGCUAUCAAGUCGAAUAAAAAUUUAAUAAUAAAAAGAAUAAAACUAAAUAGUAAUAAUAAUAAAAUUAUCAAUAAUAAUAAUAAUAAUAAAUUGGGUAAACAUUCGCCUUAUUUGGACGUCUUAAUGGGUUUAGAUAAUGAUUGCGUGUUCCCCAUAAAGAGUGAACCUUUGGGUGAAGAUGAUGAUGAUAACGACAUUGGCGGCGACGAUGAUGAUGAUGAUGGCAAUCGUGGUGGUGGUGAUGAUGACGGUGAAGAUGCCAUGCUGAUGACGACAAAGAGUAACUCUAGCCAAUCAGGACACACGUUAGCCUUCUCGUCAACUCCAUCGUCUUUCUCAUCAUCCCUCCCUCCAUCAAUGAUGAUGACGGCCAUCACGAGUCGACUCUAUCCGACGCUGCACAAUCCUCUGCCACCCACACCACCACUUAGUGGCUGUGGCCUAAAUAGUGACAGCGAAUGCAGUGUCGGCGGAAACUCCAACCCGUCCAGUCCUCGAGUUCUAUUGGCCGAGGCGAGAAAUGGGGUGGGGCCAAAAAAAGAUGUUGACGUGGCCGUGAGAGGGAAUGUCCAGAGUCAGCCCUUCUUCUCAAACCCAAUACCGACUAGCGGUGUUUUGGUAUUAAGCGAGGAGGAGAAGCGCACCUUGUUGGCCGAGGGUUACGCCCUGCCCUCCAGGCUGCCCCUCUCCAAACAGGAAGAAAAAAAUCUGAAAAAAAUUCGGAGAAAGAUUAAAAAUAAGAUAUCAGCUCAAGAAAGUCGCAGAAAGAAGAAAGAAUAUCUCGAAAGUCUUGAAAAGAAAGUGGAGCAGAUAACGCAAGAGAACAGUGGACUGAAGAAAAAAGUGAACGUCUUGGAAAAUAACAACAGAAACUUAAUAGCGGAACUGCAGAAACUGCAAAAUAUUGCAAAGAUAAUGAAAGCAUCAUCGCUAUCAUCAGCAGCAGCAACAUCAUCAUCUGUGACGUCAACUGUGACGUCAACUGUGACAUCCUCAUCUUCGUCACCGUUUUCGCCAAUGGCAAGAGCCAAUAAUAUUGGAGCAUCGCAAUGCCUUAUUAAAUAACUUGAAAGCGGCAACAACGACAACAUCAACAAUAUCAUCAAUGACAACACCAACAACAACACCAUCGGCAACAACAGCAGCAACAACAACACAUUGUUGUUAUAAGCACAACUGCCUUAUUAGACUUUUUUUAAUUCAAUUAUUGAAUUAUUUUAUUCAAUUCUCGUAAUCGUUUCAUCAAAGAUUUUGUUAUUACGAUGAAUUCCAAAAUGAAUGAAUGAAUUAAUUAAUGAAUGAAUGGAUAAAUAAAUGAAUGAAUAGAUUGAUAGAUAAAUAGAUAGAUAUACAGACAGAUAGAUAGUUAGAAUGGGUUUUUACAAUAGUAACAAUGAUAAUAAAUGAUCAUUCUUAUCUUCACAUUCUCUGGUUUUAUUUUUUAACUUUUUUCUCGUUCCGUCAAUCUAUUUUGCGUUAUGCCGAAUUAUAUUUUAUUAUUUUUAUUAAUAUUAUUAUUAUUGUU